GCUUGCAGUGCAUCGCAUCACACGAGAGCAUACCUUCCACUGACUGGACACUCACUUGACGACAUAUUGUCUGCAUUCGCGGCCCUUCAUUCACCAUGGAUUUCAACGGCGCAUCUCCCGCUCCCCCUUCGCGUGCGUCCCCCUCGCCCCCGGCGACCUUGAAUGGAUCGCUCGGUAUGGACCACACCCUAUCAAUGUCUGACAGACAAUCACCAGCCAUCCCCCAGACCGUCACAGCAAAGGACCCAAAGGCUGCUGCCGCAAUGGCAAACGAUAUGAACAUUGUGCGCAGGAAGCUCACAGGCUACGUUGGUUUCGCGAACUUGCCCAACCAAUGGCACCGCAAGAGUGUGCGCAAGGGCUUCAACUUCAACGUCAUGGUUGUUGGCGAGUCUGGACUCGGAAAGUCGACCCUGGUCAACACGCUCUUUAACACGUCGCUGUACCCCCCCAAGGAGCGCCAGCCCCCGAGUCUCGACAUUUCCAAGACUGUCUCGAUCCAGUCCAUCAGCGCCGACAUUGAGGAGAACGGCGUCCGUCUGAGAUUGACUGUCGUUGAUACACCCGGCUUCGGCGAUUUCAUCAACAACGAUGAGUCGUGGGAUCCCAUCGUUAAAAACAUUGAGCAGCGGUUCGACGCCUACUUGGACGCCGAGAACAAGGUCAACCGUGUGAAUAUUGUCGACAACCGCAUCCACGCUGUCGUCUACUUCAUCCAGCCUACUGGCCACUCGCUCAAGCCUCUGGACAUCGAAGUCAUGAAGAAGCUGCACACCAAGGUCAACCUCAUCCCCGUCAUCGCCAAGGCCGACCUCGUCACAGACGAGGAGAUUGACAACUACAAGAAGAGGAUUCUCGCCGACAUCAACCACCACAACAUCCGCAUCUUCGAAGGGCCACGAUACGAGCUCGACGACGAGGAGACCAUCGCGGAGAACCAGGAGAUCAUGGCCAAGGUGCCUUUUGCCGUUGUUGGAUCUAACUCGGAGGUCACUACACCCGACGGACGCAAGGUCCGAGGCCGCCAAUACCCCUGGGGUGUCGUUGAGGUUGACAACGAGGAGCACUGCGAUUUUGUUAAGCUGAGACAGAUGCUCAUCCGCACACACAUGGAGGAGCUCAAGGAGAACACCAACAACGUUCUCUACGAGAACUACCGAUCCGACAAGCUCACAGCAAUGGGCGUUCAGCAAGAUUCCAGCGUGUUCAAGGAGAUCAACCCGGCUGUCAAGCAGGAGGAGGAACGUUCGCUGCACGAGCAGAAGCUCCAGAAGAUGGAGAUGGAAAUGAAGAUGGUGUUCCAGCAGAAGGUGCAAGAGAAGGAAAGCAAGCUGCGCCAGAGCGAAGAGGAGCUGUACGCACGACACAAAGAGAUGAAGGACCAGCUGGACAGACAACGACAGGAGCUCGAAGACAAAAAGUCUCGCGUCGAAUCCGGCCGGCCAAUAGAAAAGGAGGGCAAGAGAAAGGGUUUCUCCCUCCGCUAAGCCUGGGCCGACAAUUCCUUUUCUCCCAUUUUGGACGACCCGCACAGCUCAAACGCCUGUACUCCCUUCUCUGCUCCCUCUUAUCAGACCUUGUUUAAUAUGAUGCCGCUUGACGAUACCACUGGGUGUUAUCGGCAACGGGUAAUACAGGAGGUGCGAAUUUUGGGGGAUGAAUGGACAACGGUGUCAUCCUUUUGUGCAGUUGUCCGGUUUGUUGAUUGAUACCAACAUCAUUUGCGCUCCUUCCGGUUCCCUUGUGUCUCUUUGACUUUUUAUUAUUUAGUAUGUGGGCAGUCGUAGUUAUUGAGCGAGGUGGAGGUGGA